UUGGGCUGUUUACUCUAUACUCAAAUCCUGAAACCACAGGGUUUCAGGAAUAUAAACCUUGUUUGCAGGACAACUGCAAUGGUUAAAACAAUGUUUAAAAACCUCAUAGCCAAGUGCUUUUCAUGUUGUGGAGACUAUCAAGUACAGCGGAAAAGAUACAGCCUUGAUGAUGUGAAGAUAGAUUCUGAAGUUAGUGAUAUAGUAACGUCCGAGAAACAACCGAAAAUGAAAAAAACACAACCGGAUAAACUAAAUAUAAAAGGGCAGGUUUUUGAUGGUAAAAACACUAUGCUUGAGACCAAAAGCAGAUUGAGUUCUAAAACAAUGCAUCAGCAAUCUAAGAAUAAAGAAGAUAUAGAAAAGAAAAGUGAGCUGAGUUCCAAGACUAAAGCUGGCACAGGUUUAUACCAAAAAAGCAAAAUAGAGACAGAACCUAAAUUUCUCUCGUCAGGAAUGGUUAAAAUGGCUAUUCUUAAGAGAAAUAAGAGCAGCGAAAGAGUCAAAAUGGGAUUUUAUAAAUGCGAUCAAAAAAUCAAUAUUCAACAUGAUAGAUGCAACGGAAAGAACAAUCUCGAAUCCAAAAAUAUUCAUAGAAACGAUGCAAAAGACAACACACUAGCCGAAGAUAUUAAACCUAAGGAUUUAUUCAAUCGUAGGCAUGCCUAUAAAAGCCAGAACACAGAACAGACUAAUGUAAAAGAUAUAGUUUCAGUUUAUAGAGAGCAAUCAGAGAGGUAUAAGGAAGAAAAGGCCAGCAAUGUUGAAACAUUCAAGCCAAGCAGCGAUCAGGUGGGCAUGCACAUUGAUCAAUCAAAUACUAAUUCAGCCAGUCACAGACUGUGCGAUAAAAUAGCUGGCAAAGAAUACAAUAAGUUAGUAGGUGAAGAGCUAUUAAACACCCAAUAUGGGGACACAUAUAAAGUAGAUUCGCAGCAGACUUUAACCGAAAAGAAUGUCGGUGUGUUUAGAAAUGAAAAAUCAAUAGAAGAAUAUCUCCUUGAAGUGUCUUUGGAAUCGGAGUCCCGCAACACUGAAAGUGAAACAGAUGUUUCCUGUUCAAUUGAUUUUUAUGAUAAGAAAGAGUUCAGUAAAAUACUAUUAAAAACAAUCAAGCACUAUUUGAAAGAGACACAGAUAAGCACUAUGAAAAAGAGUAAAAGAAAAGGAUAG